CUCAUGCUGAUGCUGGAGGUCACACUCCUGCAGUCCUGUUGUUCACCACAUCACAGUGUUCAUAUUGGUCCAAUAUGCAGUCCAAUACUGCAGCCUUUUUGACAGGGAACGCGCUUCCAAAUUUACCCUCCCGCUGCGCUCGCUCACUGUACCUUAAAAAAGCGCGUGCGCGGCUGAAGGUCACUUAAACACAAAAGGCUUUCAGCGCUGCGGUCCAAUAUAGCGCAUGCGCGCUGCCGGAGGACUGCUUCACAGACCGCAAUAUGGCGAGAAUGCCUGCCAGCGGAGACACGGAGCAGGAGCAGAUGAGCUGCCCCGAGAGAAGAAGGGAUGAGGAUAAUGAGGAGGACGAAGAAGAUGAGAUCCAGGAGAUCCAGAUCACCGGGGAGGAGGAGGACGAGGAGUCCGAUAGAGAUGGUGUGGAGCUGGAGUGGGAGUCAGAAAACACAGUGCUGGACUCCAGCGGUUCCGCCGUGGAGACACAAGCGGUCGUUAUGCGGAGUAUGGACCGAGGAGAGGAGGAGGAAGAGGCGGACCGCUUCAGCAGUAGCAUCCCCGCUGGGCUGGAGUCUCACCUGGAGGGAGACCUUCAGCGGUCAGAGCGGAACAGACUGAGCGAGAACACCCGCCUGGCCACCCGUUAUGCGGUGAGGAUCUUCAGGGAGUACCUCAAUGAGAAGGACCAAAGUCCAGACUUUGAAACUCUGGACAAGGAGGCGCUCUGCGCGGUGCUGCGCUCCUUUUACGCGGAGGCGCGCUCCAAAAGUGGACAGUUGUACAGCAAGUCAUCCCUCAUCAGCAUCCGGAGCUCACUGAACCGGUACCUGAACGAGCCGCCCUACUGCCGCACCUUGGACCUCACCAAGGACCCAGAGCUGCGCAGCGCCAACCUCACUCUGGCAGCAGUCAUUCGGAGGCUGGAGGAGCAAGGCGCCGGUCCCGUGGUGCAGAAGCAAGCCAUCACGCGCUCGGACCUGCGGAAACUAUACGAGUCCUCUGUUUUCAACACAGACACGCCGUUCGGGCUGCUCAACAAAGUCUGGUUCGAGACAUGUAUGUAUUUCUGCACCAGGGGUCGGGAGAACCAGCGGGAGCUGGAGGAGGACUCUUUCGGCCUGGCUGUGGAUGAGGACGGGAGAAAGUUUGUUUAUUUUAAAGCUCUCGGACCGUACCACAAGUCUCGCUCCGCCGCCUGGACCAAAAAGCGUCCGGACGCCGACGAGGACACCUUGCCGCGGAUGUAUGAGACGGACACGGAGCAGUGUCCGUAUGCCAGCUUCGUCCGGUACGUGUCUAAACGGAACCCGCUGUGCAGGGCGUUCUUCCAGCGGCCCCGGGACCACUGCUGCGCGAGCGACGUGACGUGGUACGAGAACAAAGCCAUCGGUAAGAACCUGUUGGGCACGAGGAUGCAGAUGUUGUCGCGUGCUGCCAAGCUCUCCAAGACCUACACCAACCACUGCAUCGGUGCCGUCUCCAUAGCAACGCUCAACAGCAUCGUGGGCGCCGCGGGCUCCAGGCCAACGACGACGCUUUACGUUGCCUCGGAAACGGUCAACGGUCACGCGCAGUCUCACCUCCAGCUCGUGAUUCCGUACCUCCGCCGGGUAACAGACGCUGCGGAUGUGAAGCCGCACCGGACAACGACAACAACGGCAGCAACAAUCAACACAUCAACAACAGCAGCUGCCAGCAGAGCCAGCGCGGAGGAGGACCCGGAGGCUCCGUACGCCAAGAAGCUGUGCGUGCGCCCCGGGACGGAGUCGCCUGUGGAGCGGAACGAGAGCGAGCCGGAGCCUGCGAGAGCCAAGGAGUCCCAUAUUCAUACACAGCCCGCCGUCCGGUCCCCGGUCGCUGUGCCCACGCAGGAUAGCCGUGGCAGCUGCAGCAGUAUGUCGAGUCAGCAGCUCGUCUCUUUGUCUCCUGUGUCUCCUCUGGGCUCCGCCGGCAUUCCCACACCAGCCAAGCUCACCAAAACCAACGCACCUGUCCACAUUGAUGUAGGAGGACAUAUGUACACCAGCAGCCUGGCCACCCUCACCAAGUACCCUGAGUCACGGAUUGGUCGUCUGUUUGAUGGAACGGAGCCCAUAGUGUUGGAUAGUCUAAAGCAGCACUACUUUAUCGAUCGAGACGGCCCCAUGUUCCGCUACAUACUUAACUUCCUCCGGACCUCAAAACUCCUCGUCCCUGAUGACUUCAAAGAAUACUCACUGCUGUAUGAAGAGGCCAGUUUCUUCCAGCUGGCUCCUCUGCAGGCCGAGCUUGAGCGCUGGAGGACUGAACAGGAAUACAGGGGAGGGUGUUUGGAGUGUGAGUGUGUCAUGAUUCACGUGGCUCCAGAGCUUGGUGAGAGGAUCAGCAUGAGCGCCCACUGGGCCGUGAUCGAGGAGGUUUUUCCAGAGGUCAGAAACGUCAUGUCCAAUUCUUUGAGCACUAGUCGGAACCAGGACUCCACACACAUCAUUCGCUUCCCACUCAACGGCUACUGCCACCUCAACUCUGUCCAGGUGUUGGAGCGGUUACAGCAGAGAGGGUUCUGGAUCACAGGUUCAUGUGGCGGUGGAGUGGACUCUUCCCAGUUUAGUGAAUACAUUUUACGGAGGGAGGGCCGAGGCAGCAGACACCCCCCGACCCUCAUCCGAAUCAAACAGGAACUCAUGGACUGAACACAGAGUAAAUCAUGGAUGUUCCCCUUUGUGCACACAUAUCAGCAACUGUUAUUUCUCAAACCGAGAACAGCUUCACUUCAGCAUGAAAGGAGUCAACAAAAUGACCAGAUAGAAUACACAUGAUAUCUUAAGCUGCAGAGAAAAUCCACUACAUAGGUGACUGACAUGUCAGUGUAUCUUUUACUUUACUUAACAGUUGCCAGAUUCAUUUCAGACAGUAGUAUCAUUACAGUAAAAAAUGAAUCCAUCAUUGCAGGGAUUUGCAGGGGAUCAUGGGAAUGUGAUCCCAAUUUUGAGGUACACUAGCAUUAGCAUUUCUAUUAAUAUGAAAUGGAAGCUAGUACUUGCAGUUAGGAUAAAAUGUUUUAUUAUGGGACAAUUGUAAUGUUAUUUAUUGCGAUAAUGUAUAUUUCUUGAAAAUUCAAUUGAGAAACCACUGCUAGAUAACGUAACCACAUGCUAAUGUAUGGUUUUGUCUAAUCCACUGAAUUAAAUACUGAAAAAUCCAGGUACUUCAUCACAUUGAUGCAAAAAUUGUGUAAAUCGCUACUGCCAGAACAGUCCUGCUCAGUGAUUUCCAACAUGGCCCACAUUGGCCUACCACCACCAGAGAUAUAUAAAGGAGAGCGACUGCAGUAAACAGUAUGCCAAAAACUUUAACAGCUGACAUAUUUCCAUUGUUUAAUGGUAUAUAUACUUGCCAAACCCUACCAUUAGUCAUCUUACCACGGUCUCAGACCACAUGCUGAGGUUGGACAAUUUGCCACAUAUAUAAUGCAUGAACUUUAACGAUGCUGAUAUUUACUAAAUGGUACAAAACCCCAAAUAAGACUCCUAGAAGCUACUGUAUGUUUGGGAACUGGCUGGUGGCUACAGCUCAAACUGCAUGGUUUUCACCAGGGUUUUUCUGCAGUUAACAGAUG